UCUCGAGCUGCUGCUGCUGCUUCGUUUCCUCACCGAAACCUUUAAUAUAAUCUCACUUUUCAGAAUAAAACGGUCACAUUAAACUUGUAAAAUGUCAGAUUUUGACAGCAACCCCUUCGCGGACCCGGACUUUAGCAACCCGUUUCAGGAUCCAGCAGUGACGCAAGUAGUGCGGACUGCCCCACCCGGCCUGGAGGAGUAUAACCCUUUCACAGACACAAAACCGGUGCCACCAGGCUCCGCCCCUAAGGUAGUCCCACCUACAACCAACACACAGCCGGCCAUCAUGAAACCCACGGAGGAACCGCCAGCAUACACUCAACCUCAACAGACACAGGAUCAGUCACGAGCUCAGGCAGAGUUAAUGAGGAGACAGGAGGAACUGGAGAGGAAAGCCGCUGAGCUGGACCGCAGGGAGAGAGAGAUGCAGUCGCUCAGCGCAUCAGGAGGGAGGAAAAACAACUGGCCGCCUCUUCCUGAGAAGUUUCCGGUGGGUCCGUGUUUUUAUCAUGACAUAGCAGUGGACAUUCCUGUGGAGUUUCAGAAAACCAUCAAGAUCAUGUACUAUCUCUGGAUGUUCCACACGGGGACGCUGUUUACGAAUAUAUUCGGCUGUCUGGCGUGGUUCUGUGUUGAUGCGACGAGGGGAGUGGAUUUUGGGUUGGCUAUGCUCUGGUUCAUGCUCUUCACACCCUGUUCAUUUGUCUGCUGGUACAGACCCCUGUAUGGAGCAUUCAGGAGUGACAGUUCUUUUAGGUUCUUUGUAUUCUUUUUCGUGUAUAUCUGCCAGUUUGGUGUGCACGUGUUGCAAGCCAUCGGGAUUGCAGGUUGGGGAGCCAGUGGCUGGAUCUCAGCGUUGACUGCACUGAACAAAAGUGUUCCUGUGGGCAUCAUAAUGAUCCUGAUCGCUGCUCUGUUCACAGCGUCAGCUGUCAUCUCGCUCAUCAUGUUUAAAAAGGUCCAUGCGAUGUACCGAACCACUGAUGCAAGUUUUGAGAAGGCACAGCAGGAGUUUGCCACCGGCGUCAUGGCCAAUAAAACGGUCCAGACCGCCGCCGCUAAUGCUGCAUCUUCUGCUGCCCGAGGAACCUUCAAAGAACAGAUCUAACUGGUCCAGAAAACUUAGAACACGCCCCCUCCAUCCAUGCUACUCUAACCUCGCCUUCCUCAUUCCCUAACUUUACUUACAGUCAUUCAUGAGCUUUGAUUGGCUGUUCAAAACCACACCCACUCUCAUUGACCCUUAUGCACUCCUGUGACUGACUGGAACCCCGCCCUAAGCCCCUCCCCUCCUGUGAAUCAGCAGGUGUACCCACCUGUUCUUUUGUUUGAAUGUGUGUGAUAUGCCUACUCGCUCUUGUGUGUGUGUGUGUGUGUGUGUGUGUUAAAACAACCUAAAGAGUCAAGUCGUCACUUUAUAUGUUCACAUCACUGUUGGGUGUCCAUUCAUCCCUGUUGUACUGUAAGCAAACAGGAAGUGAUGUCAUCAAAUGUCCUUAAAUGGGAUCCAAAGCAAAAAGAAUGAUGAUGCCCUCACAGGUUUGUCUUACCAAUAUUUCCUUAAACAUACACAUACCUUAAGCUCGAAUCAUCACACACCACCUGAAAUAAAUUAUCAAGAAAUGUCAGGGUCAUAGGAGACCUAAAAAAUAAAAUAAAUAUAUAUAUAUAUAUAUAUAUAUAUAUAUAUAUAUAUAGCAUAAGGAAAAUGGAGCCCAUUUUUAGGACUGUUAAGAGUUUUUUUGCAUUAUGUGAAGCACAUUUACUUAACAUAUUUACGGACAUUUAUUUUUACGUAUACUUUUUUUAAAAUUCUCAUUACUGUAAAACGUCAUUUUUUGUUGUAUUAUUUUAAAUAUUACUGUAAUACAAUGAUUUUUAUUUAAAAUCAUAAUAUAUUAAAGGCACUAAAACAAAUUCUAGCAUGAUGUAUAAAUGCGGUUGCAUUUUAAAUUAUAUAUUGUAAUAAAAAUGGGGUACAAAUGUGCUGAAUUGUCAUGAAAAUACGGCUAUGCAACAAAUACUCUCAGUGGCCUAAAAAUAGGCUUAAUUUCUUAUGCAAAACAUAAGUUUGGGGUGGUCGCUGACAUUUCUUCACCCAAAUAUCAAGGUUUUUAACAAAUUCUUCCUGCAAAAUGAGCCUGCAAAUCAGUACAAGACGACACCUAUCAAAUGUGACCAUGAACUCUCUACAUACAACUCCGAGGGUCUCGUUACCUGUAAAUACAUAGAAUUGUUUUGCAAUGGAAAUUGUUUAAUUCUUUAAAAAAAUAUAUUUAAAAAAAAUGGUGAACCACUGCAAACGCAUGGGAAGCUUGCUAAGCUAAAGGCCAUGUCUCAUCUCCCCAGUCUUGCGUACUAUAGGAUAAACUGGAAAACACGGGGUUAAAAAUAGAAGCGCAAAAGUAAAUCUUUGCAUCACUCCCCUCGCAACAUGUAUUAAUAAUGACAUUGCAUUUAAGAUACAAGUGUGUCCUGCAAAUUCAGAUCUGUAUAAUCACUAGCACAUGUGUGUAUUGAUGUAAGACUGUACAGUGUUGGGCCGGAUCAGUACCAGUUAGAUCCACAAUCGACUUUAGUCAGGGUAGAAUAUAAUUAUUUUGAUGUAAAUAAAUACGAGGCUGUGAGGGAUCAAUAUGUCGUACUUCUUUAAGGUCACAAAACCGCUGUUUUCUAAAGUUUUUUCCAUUGGAAAAAUUGGAAUGAAAGUAUUGAAAUCAACACGACAAUAUACGCAUAAACAGAUAUAUGAACGAUUUACACAAAUUCGUUCAGUUAGCGUUCCACUACUAAGGAUAAAUCAACGCAACAAUUUAUACAAGAUCGGAUUUAUGACCAAUUUACACAAAUUCGUUGUUCUCGUUUUACUAAUAAGGCCCAAUAAACACGUCAAUUUAAGCUACAAUGGAUUUAUGACAGAUUAACACAAAUUAGUUGUAUUUGCAUUUCACUAAUAAAUCAAAAAUUUAAUUACUACUGAUUUACACAUUUGUUCGGUUUGUGUUUUACUUAAAAGGCCCAAUCAGUGCGAAAAUGUACCCAAAAACAUAUGUAUGACCGAUUUACUCAUUCCUUCUUUCGUGCUUCACGAAUGAGGCCCAAUAAUGCGACAAUUUACUCAAGAAAAGGUUUAUGACAGAUUUACACAAAUUUGUUGUUGUCGUGUUUCAUGAAUAAGGCCCAAUCAAUGCGACAGAUACGCAAGAACAUAUUUACGAACGAUUUACACAAAUUUGUUGUUGUCGUGUUUCACGAAUAAGGCCCAAUCAAUGCGACAGAUACGCAAGAACAUAUUUACGAACGAUUUACACAAAUUUGUUGUUGUCGUGUUUCACGAAUAAGGCCCAAUCAAUGCGACAGUUACGCAAGAACAUAUUUACGAACGAUUUACACAAAUUUGUUGUUGUCGUGUUUCAUGAAUAAGGCCCAAUCAACGCGACAGUUACGCAAGAACAUAUUUACGAACGAUUUACACAAAUUUGUUGUGUUUCAUGAAUAAGGCCCAAUCAAUGCGACAGUUACGCAAGAACAAAUUUGUUGUGUUUCAUGAAUAAGGCCCAAUCAAUGCGACAGUUACGCAAGAACAAAUUUGUUGUGUUUCAUGAAUAAGGCCCAAUCAACGCGACAGUUACGCAAGAACGUAUUUACGAACGAUUUACACAAAUUUGUUGUGUUUCACGAAUAAGGCCCAAUCAAUGCGACAGUUACGCAAGAACGUAUUUAGGAACGAUUUACACAAAUUUGUUGUUGUCGUGUUUCAUGAAUAAGGCCCAAUCAACGUGACAGUUACGCAAGAACAUAUUUACGAACGAUUUACACAAAUUUGUUGUUGUCGUGUUUCACGAAUAAGGGCCAAUCAAUGCCACAGUUACGCAAGAACAUAUUUACACAAAUUUGUUGUUGUCGUGUUUCGCGAAUAAGGCCCAAUCAACGUGACAGUUACGCAAGAACAUAUUUACACAAAUUUGUUGUUGUCGUGUUUCGCGAAUAAGGCCCAAUCAACGUGACAGUUACGCAAGAACAUAUUUACACAAAUUUGUUGUUGUCGUGUUUCAUGAAUAAGGCCCAAUCAACGUGACAGUUACGCAAGAACAUAUUUACACAAAUUUGUUGUUGUCGUGUUUCGCGAAUAAGGCCCAAUCAACGUGACAGUUACGCAAGAACAUAUUUACGAACGAUUUACACAAAUUUGUUGUUUUCGUGUUUCACGAAUAAGGGCCAAUCAAUGCGACAGUUACGCAAGAACAUAUUUACACAAAUUUGUUGUUGUCGUGUUUCGCGAAUAAGGCCCAAUCAACGUGACAGUUACGCAAGAACAUAUUUACACAAAUUUGUUGUUGUCCUGUUUCGCGAAUAAGGCCCAAUCAACGCGACAGAUUACGUAAGAACAUAUUUAUGAACGAUUUACACAAAUUUGUUGUUGUCGUGUUUCACGAAUAAGGCCCAAUCAACGCGACAGAUACGCAAGAUCGUUUUAUGAACAUUGUAAGGAAUUAUGACUGAUUUACAAAUUUAUCUGUUUGCGUUUUAAUUAAAAGGCACAAUAAAUGCUAAAUUUUACACAAGGACGUAUUUAUGAAUGAUUUACACAAAUUAGUUCUGCUCAUGUUUCAAGAAUAAGGCCCAAUCAAUGCGACAGUUAUGCAAGAACAUUUUUAACAAACUAUUUGUAAAAAAAAAAAUUCUGGUCGAGUUUCACAAAUAACAUUUUUAAAGAAAAUAAUUUGUUAAAAAUGUUCUUGCAUAAUUUACUCAAGAACAAGUUUAUGACAGAUUUACACAUUCGUUAUGUUUGCGUUACACAAAUAGGGCCCAAUAAAUGUUACAAUUUACGCAUGAAUGGAUUUAUGACCAAUUUACACAAAUUCGUCUGUUCGUGUUUCACAGAUAAGGCACUAUCAACGCGACAGUUUACGCAAAAACAGAUUCAUGACCAAUUUACACAAUUUUAUUUAUUUAUUUGAUAUUUCUCUCCUUUUCUCCCCAAUUUGGAACGCCCAAUUCCCGAUGUGCUUUUAAGUCCUCGUGGCCUCGUAGUGCCUCAAUCCGGGUGGCGGAGGACGAAUCUCAGUUGCCUCCUGAGACCGUCAAUCCGUGCAUCUCAUCACUUGGCUUGUUGAUCGCGUUACCACGGAAACAUGGCGUGUGUGGAGGCUUCACGCUAUUCUCCGCGGCAUCCACGCACAACUCACCACGCGCCCCACCGAGAGCGAGAACCACAUUAUAGCGACCACGAGGAGGUUACCCCAUGUGACUCUACCCUCCCUAGCAACCGGGCCACUUUGGUUGCUUAGGAGACCUGACUGGAGUCACUCAGCACACCCUGGGAUUGGAACUAGCGACUCCAGCGGUGAUAGUCAGCGUCAAUUCUCUCUGAGCUACGCAGGCGACAAUAAAGCAAGAACACUUUACGAAUGGUUACGCAAAUUCGUUCUGGUCGUGUUUCACGAAUAAGGCCCAUCGAGCGAACUUGAUCCAUCAUGUUUGGCCUCAUUCACAUCAAAGUACAUAUGCCAUCAAACCUGACUAAGGUCCACCAUGUUACGAAUUAAAUUGUCCAUUGUCGUCGGUCUUUGGUUUGUCGUUACAGGCAAACUUGAUUUUAUUUUAUUUCAACAUGCCUGCUCACAGUUUAAAGUUUGCGGUUUUAUUAAGUGGCACAGAGAACCUUGUAGCCAUGGUCACUUUCAACAAGAGACAGGCAAGUUUUGUGAUUAUGGGAUAUGUAUCAAGAUGCAAAUUUAUCUUUAAACUUUCAGCAACACCGUGCAUGUGUGUGUGUGUGUGUGUGUGUGUGUGUGUGUGUGUUGUGCAUGAGAGAGUGAACAAAAUGUGGUGUUCUUCACCCAUUUUCAGUAUUGAGUCUGCAGCACAUCAGCCUUUGUUUGAAAUCACACAUCAGCUUUCUAACUUAAAAUCUCAUGAGGUGUCACACAUUUAUUCCCUGUUCAUAUUUUAUUCAUAUGUUUCAUGCUUUGUGUGUACAGUAUAUUCAUUUGUGUCUGUGUGUUGGAGAGUGAGUGUUUGUGUGAGCUACUACGAGUCGUUCUUCCUUUUAUAAACACAUUUCAACAAAUGGCACCUGAAUGUUCCUCUGUUUUGCGUUUGUUUUGAAAUGCUUUAAAACUUAAAAAACAAAAAGAUGUGUGAGGAGAGAUAAACUGACGUGACCUCUUGUGUGUGGUGCAAUGAAUCGUGGCUUUAAGAUGUCUUUUUUUAAUUAGUGAUGCUAGUUAACAGUUAAAACACUGAUACGUGAGAAAUGGAUUGAAGAAAAACCAUCAUGUUAUUUCAAACAUUACAGACGUGGGAUAUUUAUAUAUUUUGUAUAACUAAAGGAAUGGUGGCCCGUCGUCCUGAUUUUCAUUGUACUGUACAAAUGCACUCCUGUCUCUCUCCCUUAGUCGCAUGUUGAGUAGUUUGAGUUUUGUAUAUUUAUUGUAUUAACACAAAAAUAAAAUGAAAAAACAAAUUUGUAACUUUUCUGGUUUCAUAUUGGGUAUAUAUGACAUGUCAAUGACCAAGGAUUUAAUUUUUUAUAUAAAUCAGUGGCAAAUAGUUUUGAUAAGGAGGCUUAUUAUUAAGGUGAGUUAGUCAUCAGU